UGUUGUAUGAAAUAGAGUGGUUUGCUUUGGUGAUGCACCCUGAGAGUCCCGACCAAAUGGCCAACACCUAUCAUCAACUCACCCUUCACACCGCUUCCUCAUCCACUUUAAGCCCUAAUCACACUAUUCACCAAUUUCACCAUCUUCAACAAUGCGACUAUCCUCACUUUCACCACAACCAACAUUCUCUCCAAUUCUUCCAACAACAACCCCAACAUCUCGCAGAGCUCAAUUCUUCUCUCCACCCCCAAGAACAAUCCACAACCGCUGCGUCGUUUUGGAAAGCAUUCAACACGGCGCUCUCCGACGAGCACCAAGAGGUGAAGGAGAACAUCGGGGAGAUUGAAGAUGUGUACAGAAAUGAGUGGGAAAUGUUAGCGACGGAAAGAGUUGAGGUUCAGGGCGGACGCAGGAGGAGGAGGGGUGGGAAAAGGAGGAGAAAGAAGAGAGAAGAAGAAAAAAUGGUAUCGUUUUUUAAGAGGUUGGUGAAGCGUGUGGUUAAGCAGCAGGAGGUUCUGCAGAGCAAAUUGGUGGCCACGAUUGAGCGAAUGGAGAAAGAAAGAGCGGAAUGGGAAGAGCGUUGGAGGCGUCGAGAAGCAGAAAUUCACGGUAGAGAAGCGCUUAUGAAAGCGCGAGAGCGAGAUCUGGCUUCUGAGAGAGACUCUUGCAUUGUCUCCAGCUUAGAGAAAAUAACCGGUCAAAGGUUUGUUUCUGGGAAAGCUCACGACCAAUUAUCUACCAUACAUGAAAAUUAACAUCUACCGUGUUUGUUUCGUUUCAAUUUCUCAUUUUUCUUUUCUUUUUUGAUUUGUGGAAUUUAAUAGAUACAAAUUUGACGUUAAUAUUUUGAAACGUGGAUAAAAACGCGUUACGGUGAAAGAACAGUGUUGAGAAGUGAAUCUUCAAUUUUGAAGUACAGAGAGAGGAUUUGGUGAGAGUUGAGAAUGAGUGAGGUUGUGUUGUAGAUGUUCAUUGUCGUUUGGAUUCUAAAAACCUUUUGGUAUGUUAACAGAUCUUCAAAGUGUUAGUCGCACUUUUUCAGCAAUGGC